CUAUUAGACCAAUAAAGCUCAAACCAUUUGUUUAACCCUCUUAACAAUUUAAACCGGUUUGACAAAGAUGUUUUCCCUCCCUAAUAAUAAUAGCCCAACACUCCCCAAAGUAUACAAAAAAACAAACAAGCAAUGUCGUCCUCCUCCACCGUUCCCCGCUCUGUUCGAGUUCGUUCUCUGUCCACUUCAUGGUUGUCAUAUCGGUGGCAUGCCACCCGGUUGAACCUGGUUCAACCUGUGCCGGUCAUGAAACCGGCAUGACACCACCGGUAUGACCGGUAUGAUCGACUUACGCAUUCUAAAUAAAAUGACAUCAUUUUAAUGAAUUUAGUGAAUAAAAAUAAUAAUUUAUUAUUCAUUUUAUGAAUGUAAUAGUUAAAAGUUGAUGAUAUUUGUUGGAUUGUAACUAAAUUGUCCACAAAAAUGUUUUAUAUAUGAUUAAAUACAUUGGAUAUUAAUUGUUUUCACAUUUUUUUAGACCGGCAUGAACCGGCACAAACUGGUUAUACCACCGGUCGUACCAUUCCGCUUGCCAAACCGGCACAACGGUAUAAACCGGUUUGACAACCUUGGUCCACUUCAAACCAAACCCAAUCCCCUCUUCUCUGGCCAAUGCUCCCCCCACAAAACUCCUCUCCUUCUCUCGCCAAUCUCCACCGCAUUCCCUCGAUUCACCUCCUGACCUCCUGUUUGGUUAGUUUCUUCUUUCGCCCUUCCCCUGGUGGUUUUCUUCCCGAAAUUGGAUACGGAUCUGGUGAUCAGUGCCCAUUAAUGGCUGCUCGUUUUAUUUUUUCCUGCUUCGUAUUUAUUUUAAUGUGGUUAACGAUUUUCGCUCGUUUUAGGUUUUCAAUCACGAGUCGUGAUUACGUACGGGUACGAGUCUUAUCGAAGAACUUUUCCCCUUCUUCCCGUGACACUAGAGUUUUAUGAAUCUCUUAGCAGGUAAAGAUGGGUUAACUGAUGUUUGAUUGUUGGGUCCGAAGCCGCGUGGGGAACUUGGAAAGAUUUACCAGCUAGCUCAUUGUAGCCGAAGAACAUCAUCCUUGGGUUGGGGAUGGAGAAAUGCGAGGCUUACUUGCUGUUUCAUGGGGAAAUCAGCCUCAGCAGCUGGCUCAGAACUUUCCUCUACUGCUUGGGUCUUGCGUAUUGCUUCGUUGGGUUAUCAGCCAUCACUGCUCGCUUCUUCCGCUCCAUGGAGAAUGUUGUGAAGCAUUCUCGUGAGGUGGUGGAGAUUGACCCUCAUACCAAAGCUGAAGUUGUCCGCCGUGACAAGGUUUGGAACUACACCAUCGCUGAUAUAUCUCUUCUCGCAUUCGGCACAAGCUUCCCGCAGAUAUCACUGGCUACCAUUGACGCCAUUCGGAACAUUGGGAACCGUUAUGCUGGAGGGCUGGGUCCUGGAACACUUGUUGGUUCUGCUGCUUUCGAUCUUUUCCCAAUUCAUGCCGUCUGUGUCGUCGUUCCAAAAGCUGGAGAAUUGAAAAAAAUAUCAGAUUUAGGUGUUUGGUUGGUCGAGCUCUUCUGGUCUUUCUGGGCUUAUAUAUGGCUCUACAUAAUUUUGGAGAUAUGGAGUCCAAGUGUAAUUACUCUGUGGGAGGCCUUGCUAACGGUACUUCAAUAUGGGUUGCUUCUGGCACACGCUUAUGCCCAGGACAAGCGUUGGCCUUACCUAUCGCUUCCGAUGGCGAGAGGCGAGAGGCCAGAAGAAUGGGUGCCAGAAGAAACCCCUUUGUGUAGUAACAAGGACAACAAUAAUGUCUACGGCCAACAGUACCCUGAAAUACUCCCCGACCCAGAAGGGAGUGGAAACGUUGUUGACAUCUUCUCCAUUCAUUCAAACAGCGAGCUAGACUCAGACUACCGCAAUUUGUCAAGCUCUGACAUUGCUGUCGGGUGCUCAAAUGAACCUUCUAGUGAGGAGACGGAUUCUUGGUUCCUUGCUACUUGGAAACAGCAAUUUCUGGAUGCAAUUGUGUUGGAAAGGCCAGAAUCAAGAAAACUGGAGAACAUAAUCAUAAGGGGGGCAAGAAUCUCUUGGCAGUUGCUUCUCACACCAUGGAGACUUGUGUUUGCUCUCGUGCCUCCUUACCAAAUUGCUCAUGGGUGGAUAGCCUUCUUAUGCUCUUUAGCAUUUAUCAGUGGGAUAGCUUAUGUUGUUACGAGGCUCACUGAUCUCAUAAGCUGUGUCACAGGAAUAAACCCAUAUGUCAUUGCAUUGACGGCGCUGGCAAGUGGAACUUCAUGGCCGGAUCUAGUAGCAAGUAAGAUAGCUGCUGAACGUCAACUAACUGCAGAUUCUGCCAUAGCAAACAUCACUUGCAGCAAUUCUGUGAACAUAUACGUCGGGAUUGGAGUUCCAUGGCUGAUCGAUACAGCCUACAAUUUCUUGGUGUACAAGGAACCAUUGCGGAUAGAGAAUGCGGAAGGACUGAGCUUCUCGUUGCUGGUUUUCUUCUGCACGUCAGUAGGUUGCAUUGGGGUUCUGGUGUUCAGGAGGUUGACCUUAGGGGCGGAGCUUGGUGGACCGAGGAUUUGGGCAUGGCUUACUAGCGGCUACUUUAUGCUGCUUUGGGUUGUUUUUGUUGUGCUCUCUUCCCUCAGAAUUUGUGGCGUCAUUUGAAAUCUUAGAAGCAGGAUCAUUGUUUGUCUGUCUGUAGCUUGAGUGUCACCUAUUCAAUUAUAUUUCUUCUCCCAGCAACAACAGAAGCAUAAUAUGUAGAGAAAUUUUAUGAGAUAAGUCAGAUAACCUUCCUGUUUCAUUGUUUUCCCUUUUCUCUACCACAAAAAUAGAUACGCAGCAUAACUUCAAAUAAGAAUGAAAGAACACAUUAUAA